CUACAGCAGAACUUCCUGUUUUUAUAUCUCAUGUUCUGGUGAUGUGACUUUUAGUGGUAGAUGGCUCUUGCAAAACGUGUUUGUUUGUUUGUUUGUUUAGAUUCUCGAAGUGCCCAGUGCGAUGAGACACUAAGGUCCCCGGUAGGCGUGAUAGCCUCCCCGGGGUACCCUGGCGACUACCCGCCGACAGUAGACUAUACGUGGCGCACAGAGGGGCUCACAGAUUUUCCUUCUGAUGUAUCUCCAGCAGUAUCGGCUGAAACACCGAAUGGAGGUGGAUAUUCUACCAGAACCACCGACAUAGUAGCAGUGGUCUGUGCUGUGGUGAUAAUUGCUGUUGGGGUUAUAAUUGCUGUGCACACGGCUGCUGUACAUGUUUUCAUGACGAGACCAACUAUGGUCUCUAGUGAACCUCAAAAUACCUCACCAAACGAGGUGGCGUUAGAAGAAAUACCAGAAAGUUCUCAAGACGGAUUUCAGAGUCUCCGGCUGCCACAAGGACGAAUGUCUAGUGAACGUCAAAUUAGCUCUCCAAACGAUGUUGCGUUAGAAGAAAUACCAAACAGUUCUGAGGACGGAUAUCAGAGUCUUGGACGAAGGUCUGCCCACCCUUACCAGGGUCUAGUCGGACAAGGAGACAACCAAACCCAGGCCAACACGGAUGUUGUGUACGACUAUGUGAAAGCUUCAUCGGAAUUUCCUAGGAAUCAGCUGGCCGUGAAAGAGAAACUCGGACAUGGAGAGUUUGGGAAUGUCUUUAGGGCUGAAGCUUGGAACAUAUCAAGUCACCAAGGAGCAACUAUCGUGGCCGCGAAGACUCUGAAGGCUGCCACAAGCCCUGCUGCUCUGUCUGCUUUCUUUAAGGAAUUGGGGGUACUUGAGGUGCUCGGCAGUCAUCCUAACGUCGUGUUGUUUCUUGGAUGCUGCACGGACAAGGAACCGUUCUACUUGCUACUUGAGUUCGUGCCCGGAGGAACUCUGCAGUCCAACCUGCGUUCCAGCCGCGCUCCGCAAACGUCCGCCAAUCUGCACGGUGAGAGCAAGUCUCUUUCUUCACAGGACCUGACGAAGUUUGCUUUGGAUGUGGCCAAGGGGAUGGGUUUCCUGUCGUCUAAGAAGAUCCUCCACCGUGACCUGGCCACCAGAAACGUGCUGGUUUCUGCAGACAAGACGUGUAAGGUGUCGGACUUCGGUAUUUCACGGGAGGGAGAAGAGUACGAGAGGGCGGCACACGUCCGUCUGCCUAUCCGCUGGAUGGCGCCUGAGUCCCUGUUCCAGAUGCUGUACACGAGUAAGAGUGACGUGUGGUCGUUCGGGGUGCUGCUGUGGGAGAUCGUCACUCUCGGCGCCACACCUUACUCCGGGAUGUCCUCACGCCAGGUCAUGGCGCACGUGAAACACGGCUACAGGAUGGAGAAACCGCCUCAUUGCGACGGCAAGCUCUACUCCAUAAUGGCGGAGUGUUGGGAAGAGCGGCCGACCGAGAGGCCGAGUUUCAAACAACUGGAGCUCUCUCUGGAAACACUGAUGGAGCAUGAAUAUGAUUACAUAGACCUCGCGAGUUUUGACGAGACUACCUACGAGAAUCUACCAACAUCUCAGGAGGAGAAGUGUUGA